AUGGGUAAUUUCUGUGCAAGGAGCGAACCUGACGAUUCCGUAACUCGUCCGAAAUUCAGUAUAGGCAAAGACUAUCAAGAAAUUCCAGACCAAACUUCUGGUGAAGGAAUUAAAAAAACCAUAGCUUGAAAAGCCUCAAUAACCCGUCCACAGCUUGAAGCAAAGCGAGAAGAAUUCUGAAGGACUCGAACCACCGGAAGACGACACAUUUGGCUAGCUAUCAAAAGUGCUGUUGAGGCUGACCACGCUACCGCUGCUGUUUUACUACAAAUGGCUAAUAUUACUCUUAGAGAGGGCUCCAUUACUGUAUGUGAAGACACCAAUGGGAAUAUUUAUGAAAUUCCUCCAUUUAUUGUUAACGACCCUACGGCAUUUGUGAAUGAAAAAAAGCACAAAGUAAGCAGGCCAAAAGUAGCGGAAAAUGAGCUUUUAAAGCUAAAACUUACUCCCCUCCGUCAGAGAACAAAACCAUUGAAAAAAUCACUGUUUUUUGCCCAAAAAUCCUACACUCCGCGAGCGAACAAAAUUUUUUAUGAAAAAAUAAAUUGAUACUUAAUUUUAAACAGCUUGCAUUUUAAAACAUAAAUUUUACAAAUUAAAUAAAUAUUUGCUUUGCAAUUUUGCGAAUUAUAAAUAAAAUGGCAUUCGGUUCGAGAGAAAUUGGCUCUGCCAAUUUUCUCUCCUCAUGGAAUUUUAUUUAUGGGGUUGGGUUUUCUCUUGAGAACUUCUGCACAGCAACAGCCGUUUAACUUUGGGGAUAACCAAAGGCACGGCUCCUCAGUGCAUUCAAGACACUCGGAGUUUUAUCUCUCAGCACGUCCCCACGGGAGGAUGACCCUUAGGCGGAACACGCGCAGGAGCUGAGUCGGAGCGAGCGACGGCAACGCACCGGGUGAGAUGUGCGGCGAUUUAUCUAGCGACUAGCCUUAUAGAAGGCUUGGGUGUGGGCUGACCAAAAAAUUCCAAGAUGGCUUGGUGACGUCACUAGUUGUCGCUUUGACCCUUUUUUAUUAAGGGGUGUGGGCACUAGACAAACUUAAAGACUAUGUAACUAAGUAAGUAAGUAAGUAAGUAAGUAAGCAAUUUUGCGAAUUGGGAUUUUUUUAAUUUCGAAAAAAAAAAAUUUAAAACAAAAAAACCCUCUCAGUGAGCGAGCAAAAUAUUUGUGUUCGCUCACAGAGGGGGAGUUAGGAGACCUGGGAAAGCUCAGGAUGUGGAAAUUGAAAUUGAAAGCAAAAAUAAAGUGAGCAUGGUAAAAGAAGAGUAUGCAAAGAAAGAAGGAAUUUCGGCUUCAGAUGUGAGGCUGUUUUUUGCAGGAAAAGAAUUGCAAGAUGAGAGUACUUUGUUGAGCUAUUAUGUUAGCAAUGAAAUGGUUUUGAUGGUUUUUAUAAAACAAACUUAA